UGUCCCGUAAUGACUGGGAGGGGGAUCCCGGCUAGCAACAUGACUAAAAAGAAGCGGGAGAAUCUGGGCGUCGCUCAAGAGAUUGACGGGCUGGAGGAGAAACUGAGCCGGUGUCGGAAGGAGCUGGAGGCCAUCAACGCCAGGCUUGACUGGGCAGAGCUGAGCCCAGAGGACAGGGACUUAAGCUAUAAAACUUCGCCCUUCCACAGGCGGUCUCUGGAGAAGGAGAAGAACAGCCUCAUGAGCAAAGCCUCCAACUUCGAAAAGGAGCUCAAGUUGCUUCGGCACGAGAACUGGAAGAACACCAUGCUUUCAGUGGCCAUCUUCAUCCUCCUGGCCCUGCUCUAUGCACACUGGACCAUGUGAGUCUGGGAUUCUCUGCCAGCACCUGCUUUGCCAUGGCUCUCUGCUUGGGACCAAGACCAGUGGACCAAGGUGCAGGGCACCCUUCUCCCUUACCG